AUGUCAGCAGGAGGUGAGGCGUAUUGCUCGCCCAUACGGCGGCCCAUAGGUUGCAUAUCCGCGGAUACAUCAUUGCGGAGUCCAUUGGGAUCGUGGUACUCGUGGGCAAGGGAUCAAUCACGGACGGGUAUGUCUCCAGUGGGCUCACCGCAGGGCCGCAGCUUUGCUGUGCAUUCGCGUCCUGAUGAUUUUACACCGCGGCGUGCCUCUCCUGUUGCGGCAAAUUAUGCCUCUCGCAUGUCUGGAAUUGGGCCAAUGUCCCCCCGUUACGCCAUUGUUGCCCGUCGGCGGUACCAAGUGAUGACGGCGGAUUACCCUGCCUACCCACAAGGAACUCCUACGCGGAUUUUGGCGUCCCAUGGCGGGACAUACUCUUCCGCCUUCUUAAAUGCUGGAGGGGUGGGGUCUUCCGCGCGUUAUUCAGUAAAAAACGCAAGUGCAUUAGCGGCGACAUCACAGUCGGCGCAGCAGUCCUCGUUACUCGAUGUCGUUGGUGUGUCGCGUCCCUCAUCUGCUCAUCCGUCGCAUCCACAACAAACAAAACAACAACCGCAAAAACCCAAAGAACCCCAAAAACAGCGACAAAUUGCGACUCCAGGACAGAAGGUGCGGGUGAGCCGAAAGGAAGAUGAUUCCAUUGUGACAAGCAGUAACGAUCUCUCCAAUACGGAUGAUGGGAUUACUGUACCGGCUAAAGUGUCGAGUCCGUCACCGUAUCCAAGCAGUGGAGUGCCAAGGACGGCUACAAAUCAAAUGAGAAUGAGCACUCCGACGGAAGCCUUCCCGGAUUACAAAUCGAUUGCAGUGGAGCCUAUUCCUCAGCAGAUUGUGCAAAAGGUUUCGAAUCCUGCGCCGCACUGUGUACAAAGGGCAAGUGUGCAGGGUACUUUGCAGAUAUCAUCCACGAUGGAGAACAGCUUCCUUGAAAGUUCACGAUGCAGUGACCUGAAUAUUACUCCUAACCGAGAAUUACCCAUUCAUGAAAGCUUGUGUAUUACGCCCCACCCAAAACCGACACCUGCCGUAUACGCGGCUCGUAUGUAUCCAACAAAGCAGUCAACGACUGUUCAUCGAUGCCUUAAUGGCAUUCCUGCACCAAAGGCACCGCCGCAACCAAUAACAGCCCCAGGAAGUACUACACCAGGGACAACUCCUGUACCAAGUGACGAAUGCAGCCGAAGCAGCACUGAAACUUUGAAUCUAAUCAGUCGUUGCGCACGGCGAGCCUCGCCGGUUUACAAUGUAAUUUCAUCUUUUGUUUCAUCUCGCCCACUCAUUGAAAAAUUUGUUCUACGCUGGCGCAACCACUACGAAGAAAACAAGAAUGCAUACUGCGAAGGAGGCUACAUGAGUGUUACUCCAGGCAAGAAGUUGAACUCUCGCUAUG